AUGCCUCCCGAACCCGCAGCCGAAGAACCCUAUGGCAUAAUCAUCGCCGGCACUGGAAGCCACGAAAAACCAUUCCGCGUCCCGCAAUCUGCGCUCGAAAAAUCGCCAAUCAUCAAAGGCUGGAUCGAGGAAGGCUACACGCCACCUUCUUUACGGAAAGGCGACGCGCUCUACUUCCCAUGGAGCGAUCCCGAGGUCGUCGGCGUGACAGUAGAGUAUUUGAAGUCGACGGCGGAUGGGCUUAUAGCUAUUCUUGCUCCGCCAGAAAGAAAGACUAAGGAUGUGUUGUUUUAUUUGAACAUGUACAAGUUUGCUACGUGUCUUGGACUGAGCGAGCUUUGUGUCGGAUCAUUCCACAAGAUCAAAGAGCUUACACACGAUACCAAGACCUUCCUCACCGUUUUGAGGGUCUCUACGGAGGAGAAAUCGAGUCUCGUCGAAGAUCGACGAUUCAAUGACUUCCUAGUGAAAUAUAUCAGGAAGAACGCUGAAGUGUUGAAAGACUCAAGCUUCGCUAAAAGCACUAUCUUGCAAAACAGCGCGUUGGGCUGGAACCUCUGUUCGCUGCUGCUUUCGUCGCUUGGUGGGACUAGUGACAGCGCUAGAGCUGGAGUGAAUGAUUCCACGCCUUCACCACUUCUCACACCUCCAAGCAAGACUAGUGCGCGAACUACACCAGAGGUAGAGCGACGCAAGAGUCCGUACUCGUUCAACCCCUUACAGAAAUCUUCAAGCCCCCGGCAAAACCCUACCCGAGUUAAGAAGCCGCCACAGAAGGAAGGCGCGAGGAAGUUCAACGCAACCGUGGAAGAAGUUUUUGAUGAAUACUUUUCAUCUAAGCGCGCAUCGUCGUAA